GGCCCGAUGAGAGCGAAGGCUGUGCGGGCAAUCCUGCAGCAACAAUUGCUUUGCAGGUGCUCGGUCUCUCGCAGCCUCCAUCCCCGGGGAAGCAGCCGACACUUUUUCACGUUCACAAGUUAAGGAUGAUGCUAAUGAGCGUUGUAUUUUCCUGCCUGUCUAUAUUACCCAAACCUAGACCACAUAUAUGAAUUCACAGCACAGGGGCUCUUGUCCAACGGAGACACCGGGCUUGUGUAUUUACUAAGGAUAAAAUCUCAUUUCUGCAAUUCAUUGCUUGUCUGAAGGCUGGAAAUGUCACUGCCCAGCGGCUGCUUCUCUGCAGGGGAAUGCUGUUUAUGUGAAAAAGUGUUGCCUCCACCCCAAGUUACUGUGCUGCAAAAACAGUGCCUGUUUUUGUGGGGCUUCGCUACCCUUGCAGGACAGUUAGCUUUUAUUUAUUUGCUAGGCAUCCCUGCGCUGGCCUUCUUACCCUACACCUCCCUGUAUGUUGUCUUAGAAACCUUACACUGGAGAGACAGUCUUCUCCCAGCAAUGUAGAGAAUACAUACAUGCAGCGUUUACAUGAGCAUGACAGGUUAGCUGUGUGGUCCCAGAGCUAUUUUUGCAGCAUUUCUGGCUGUGUGUUGUUAAGAUAGCUCAGACCCUUUGGAGAAUUCCAAAUUUAUGCUGAUUUCUAUUUCAUUAGAUCUCCGUUGCUAAUCCUUUCAUGCAGACAACUCCUAUGCCCGAUUCCUGUAAUAGCAUUCCUGGAAUACAGUUCAGUUUCCUUGACCAGAUAGUUAAGUGUGAAUGAGGUGCUUCUGAAACUCACAGAGGAUUCCUGUUUACAUCCCUAACCACACCAACACGUCUUUAAGUCAGGUUUUCUGUCACUCAGACUCAAGUCUGGGACUGAAGCUAUUCAAAGUACCUUCAGAAUGACCAGAUCCAUGAACCAGCAUCUGGGCUGCAGAUAUCCAAGGGCAGAACAGAUGGCAACUGAUUUAGUCCAUUUUGUUACUAUCAUUUAUGAAGCGAGUUUUCAGGCAACUGAGGCUUAAUCAUGCCAAAAGGAUGGAUGCUCCCAGCUUGAGCUGAUGUCAAAGGUACUCAUUUCCAGUACUGAGCCACUACAAAAAAUCCCAAAUCUAUGGGGGUUCUUUGAGGGAAGGACUGAAACCCAAAAUACAAGGAAGAUUAUUGAGGAAGUCUUUAUUUAACACUUACUGGCUACUUUCUUCAUCUUCUCAGUAUCUCUGAAAACAUGAGGGUGAAGGCUAGGUGUGAAAAAAGUGACACCCAAACCACCAAAGCUGUGGCUGGGAUCUUCACUCCACACCAAACAUUGUCAGAGCUGGGCUGGUGAUGCUGCUAGGAUAAGAAUUUCAACAUCUUUCUUCCAGCUGCCUUACAAUACUUACUGCCCAUGGUGUUCCCCAUCACCCUCCAUAGGUGCAGCCAGUACCCCAAGCUCAUACCUCCAUUUGCCUUAUCUCAGUGGUCUAUGUGCUGAGCUAUCUUCCUCAUUCCUAUUUUCUCUAGGACUCCAAUUAUUUCUUCUGGCUUCACAGGGGACUCAAAUGGUCUUUUAUUUCACAGCAGGAUUUAAGGAGCCUUUCUUUAUGACAGUGUUUUUGUAGAGGCAAUGAAUCAAAGGAUUAGUAGAGUCUUGACCUAUAAAAAAAAGUCUAGAGAGAUCAGUCUGAGACCCACCCCUACAAAAUGACUCUGCAGAUUCUCAUAUAAUGCCUGCCCCCAUCAUAGUGCCCUAAAGGUUAUCUUCAAGGAUUUUUGCAUCCAGGCCAUGUUAGUUGGUAUUCACAGUCUUCUGACUCACCCUUGACACAUACACUGAAGCAAAUUAAAGGAUUUCUGACUAACUGGGAGAGGACAUCUAACCUGUAUGCGGCACUAAAAUACGAAAACAAUAAAAAGGUGCCCAAGGUCAGUCUUGGUACCACAGUUAUGGUGGGGAUACAUAAUUAGAACAAAAUGUUCUGUGUACUUUAAGGCUUCAAUUACAAUUUUUGAAAUUCAGGACAAGGAAGAGAAGAACAGAAAGCUGCAUAUUAGAGUUUCCCAGAACCAAUUGCCCCCACCCAAGCAAAAUGCCCACUGUUUUCUCAUGCAGCUGUUCCAGCUGAACUUUUGCCAAAUAAGACUGAUAUCCAUUUCUUACCACUACAUGUUUCAGCAUCAGUCAAGCUUUGCACAGAGAUCUGUCCCAUAACAUCUCCUGACAAGCACAUAAUGUACAAACAAAUUCCAUUAAUUCUAGUGUGUAACCUGCAAAAUUAGUAAAACUGGAAGUCAUAAUCUUGGAAUAUGACUCUAUGAUAAAGGAAUGUCACCUCAAACACAUACAUAUAUCUCUGGACUCAGCUUAAAUGCAGGGUUCUCUGUGGCCAGCCUAUCCCUAAGACUUCCCUCAGUGUCUUCCAAUAUAGCAGCAGGGUUUUCUGAGUCUGGCUUUCCCAGGUAGCGUUUAUGUAUCAUUUUCCCAUAUAAGUCUUCAAUUUAAUUUUUAGAACCUUGUGUCCUAGGACUUCUGGAAGGUAUUUUUUUUUCCUUGACAGGCUGUCAUCCAAAUCAACUGAUUUGUGACAUAAAUUCAUGAUAUUGAACUUUCUGUGAUUUUUUUUCCUAUAUAAGGUCAAACUUAAUAGAAAAAUUGGAAUUAUGCCCAAUGAAAAUCCAUACAGCAGGUGGGCUUUAUCUGUGAUAUAUUUUCAGAAAAUAAAUAUUGAUUGUUGUUGACAUUACUUCUAAUCCUAGUAGGCUAUAUCUGGAUCUUUUCUCCAACUUAACAGGAAUUAAAACAGCACGACCCAAAGAGCAGAACAUCAUUCAAAACAAGGAAGGAUCUCCUACACAGCUCUGUAGAAUAAACAGACAGCUGACUCAGGAUAUGGCUGGUUUCAGCCGUGAUGGCAGUACAGAGUGGAGAUACUGGAGCUCCCUUUAAACUGGCUAGCAGAGCAGGCAAAGAAGCAAUAGAGGUGAUAAUCCCACAGAGUCACCAGGAUGUGAUGCCCAAUGAUGAGCAGUAAUUACUGCAGCAACACUUCAGCCAGCAUGAGUGUCAAUGAAAUGUCUGCCUUCCCUCUGACUUUAGAGCAAAAAACUGGCUUUGCCUUUGUGGGGAUUUUGUGUGUUUUCUUGGGACUUCUAAUUAUCAGAUGCUUCAAAAUCUUGCUAGACCCCUACAGUAGUAUGCCUUCAUCUACAUGGGAAGAUGAAGUUGAGGGGUUGGAUAAAGGAACAUUUGAAUAUGCUCUUGCAUGAAAACUCACAGAAUAUCCUGCCUUAAAUUUGAUGUUGAUUUCAUUUUGGAAACCAACUGUAGUUACAUUUGUUAUACAUACCUGCAUUUUGGAGAUAUGUUGGUGGCAUCCAUUUUGUUAAAUAAAUAUUUGUUGCAAACUCA